GAGAGUUCUCAGCCUGUGGCCACACCUUGCCACCAGGAAGGAACCGCCCCAAACAAUCAGAUUUCCGUGUCUUUGCUGUAUGAGUGGCGGUGCUGGGUGAGAGUGUAAGCUAGGUGGCCGCACGAACACAUUUAUUACACCGAGGCUGUGCCAGACGCACAUGGGAUCCGUCCUGCGUACCCGGGGAUCUUCAGCAACCCGCAGCCGAGCGGAGGGGACCUGAGCCCGGCGUGGAGCAGCACUCACCCUGCCUGGACUCUUCCUCUGACCCGACACUGGAGAACAUCUCCACAUUUCCGAGGUGAUCUUUUCUCUCGGCAUCUUAUUUAUUUAUAUCCAGACCCUGACAGUCAUCCGCGGCGGACGAACUGCGUCUUAACGCGGAGAGGUCGGACUUGUUUGGCUGGGGAACACACACCAAAACACACGCGGAAACACUCCGGUCCUGUCGCCCCUCUUUUUCUUUUUUUAUUUCCUGCCAGCUUUUUCUCGACAUUUUCUAUCGAACCAGGAGCUCGCAGGAUGAACUAGACUUGCGAUCGUUUGUGUUUCACUGGAUUUAUUUCGCGGUGGAGGAAAAAAGAGAUCCCGGAGCGGAGCGGUGCGCAAAAAGACGAGGUCCGUGCGAUUUUGCUAAAAUGCAUCAUCAACAGCGGAUGGCAGCUUUGGGAACGGACAAGGAACUCAGUGACUUACUGGAUUUCAGCGCGAUGCGAAACAGCGAUUUGAAAAUGUUCCCAACAUCCAUGAUGUUUUCCCCUCCUGUUAGCAGUGGAAAGAACGGACCGACGUCCCUGGGGAGCGGACAUUUCUCCGGCUCAAAUAUGGAGGAGAGAACGAGUGCAGGGUCAUGGGCGAGUGGAAGUCGAUCAAAGAGUUAUGCAGACGGGUCUCAUUACAUGGCGUCACAUGACAGCAUCUCACCUCCGUACGCCAUCUCCAGCAGGCUAUCAGGAGCGAAAACGGAGAGGAGCUCAUACUCGUACGGCCGAGAGUCCAACCCACACUGCCACCAGUCGGUACUGGGUGGAGAGAUGGGUUUGGGGAGUCCCGGCGCGACGUCGCCCACCAAGCCGGCCGGGCAGUACUACCAGCACUACGGCUCCAACCCGCGGAGGAGAACGUUGCCUAUGGACACCAUGGAGGUUCACCCGAAAAAAGUGCGGAAGGUUCCCCCCGGUUUGCCGUCCUCAGUGUACGCUCCGUCUGCCAGUACAGCAGACUACAACAGAGACUCACCGGGUUAUCCCUCCUCCAAACCUCCCAGCGCUGGUUUCCCAAGCUCAUUCUUCAUGCCAGACGGUCAUCACAGUGGCGACCCCUGGAGCAGCAGCAGUAGCAGUAUGACCCAGCAGGGUUAUCACGGCAGCAUGCUGGGGGGCGGGAACUCGGCCCACGGCCCCUCCCAGAGCUCCUCCUACUGCGGGAUUCACCCUCACGACAGAUUGGUGAGCAGAGCUGUCAAUCACAGGGAGUCUGUACAGGGCGUGACACAGCAGAGUUACCCGUCGCACUCGUCUGCAGACAUCAACUCCAGCCUUCCUCCAAUGUCCAGCUUCCACCGAGGGGGAGGGAGCGGGGGCGGGGGCAAUCACUACAGCACCGCCUCAUGCACCGCUUCCACCAACGGCACAGAAAGCAUCAUGGCUAACAGAGCGCCGAACGCAGCAGCCAGCAGCUCUCAGACAGGAGACGCCUUAGGGAAAGCACUCGCAUCUAUCUACUCUCCGGACCACACGAACAACAGCUUCUCGUCCAACCCCUCCACACCAGUCGGCUCCCCGCCCUCCCUCACAGCUGCCAGUUCAGCUGUCUGGUCGAGGAAUGGCGGACAGGGAGCAUCAUCGCCAAACUACGAGGCUCCACUACACUCCCUGCAAAGUCGUAUCGAGGACCGCCUGGAACGUUUGGACGAUGCCAUCCACGUUCUGCGGAGUCACGCGGUGGGGCCGUCGACGGGUAUGCCGAGCGGGCACGGUGACAUGCACAACCUCAUCGGGCCCGCGCACACGCACAACGGCGGCAUGGGCGCUCUGAGCAGCGGCUACGGUUCAGGACUGCUGUCGGGCAACAGACACUCCCUCAUGGCGGGCUCUCACAGAGAAGACGGCAGCGGUGUGGGCCCUCUGCGUGGCGGACACUCGAUGGGAGGGCAGGUGCCGGGGUCUCAGAUGCCGGGUCAGUCGGCCACAUCGCCAGACCUCAACCAGCCCGACCCGUACCGCGCCCUAUCCGGAGGCCUCCAGGGCCAGAGCGCCUCCUCCGUCAGCUCCGAGAUCAAGUCAGAGGACGAGGGCGACGAGAACCUCCUGCACGACAGCAAGUCCCUGGACAACAAGAAGGAGGACGGGGACAGCAAGGACCUGAAAUCAAUUGAGAGGUUAAGAUCUAGGUUCAGCAACCCAGACGACGAGGACUUGUCUCCGGAGCAGAAGAUGGAGAGAGAGCGGGAACGGAGGAUGGCCAACAACGCGCGGGAACGUCUACGCGUCCGCGACAUCAACGAGGCGUUCAAGGAGCUCGGCAAGAUGGUGCAGCUGCACCUGAAGAGCGACAAACCUCAGACCAAGUUGCUGAUUCUGCACCAGGCCGUGGCCGUCAUCCUCAGUCUGGAGCAGCAAGUCCGAGAGCGAAACCUGAACCCCAAAGCGGCCUGUCUGAAGCGCCGCGAGGAGGAGAAGGGCUCGUGUCAUCGGACGGGGGUCACCUCUCAUUGGCCGCCGCUCACCACGCUGCCGCCGCCAUGGGCGAUGGGUCGAACCCUUUGGGACAAAUGUAAAACGCAGCAACACCCCUUCCCCCCUGAAUGGUCAAAGGUGCCCGAGUUCAUCAAGAUGAUGAGUGACCACUUCCUCUGACGGCGUUCCCAUGACAGCCCUGCAAUCGAUCGACCACGUUGUUGCUUCAGCCUGACCAAUCAGAUUCUCUUGAUCUUCGGCCUGACCAAUCAGAUCAGCCUCCUUCUCUCCUCUCGUCUGUCUCUUAUCCUGCCCUUCACCUUCGUCUUCUUCUUCUUUCGAGAAAACGGACCACAGAGUCCCGUUAUGUCGCUUUUGUCACUUUGCAUCUCCAGCCGAAGUGAACUAGAUGCUACUUUGUGGAGACGUUGAAUGGCCGCUGUAAACAUGGCUGCUGCAAAGUGGCCGUCUGUGGGAGCUUUUGACACAAAGUGACAACAACGGACAAACUUCUUUGGAUCAUCCAAGAAAUUCUUCUUCUUGUACUACUUGUUUUAUCAGCAUUCCCAGUUUUAAUGAACAAAAUGGUUCUAUAUAUAGUAUAUAUAUACGACAAAAAGGACAAAAAAGGACGACACACUUGCGCCAAAAAAGGGCAACUGGACACAGGGAGUUUGGAGGAUUGGUGUUGGAGCAAGUUGUUCAGAACGGAGCAAAACAUAUCACAAAGUGUUAAAGAAUUUUUGUUUUCUUUAAAGCAACAUUGCGCAGCUGAGUGCAGCGCGUCUCUGACUGAAUGGCAAUCUAACGCCACACUGUGGAUUAAGCUGUGCCUGAUCUCCUCUUAGAUGCCAACCAGUCAGAUAGAUAUACACACGGAGAAGCAAAGCAAGCGAAACUAAAAAAGAAAAACCAGAAAGAAUCAAGCAGAAGCAAGCUGCCCACUCAUACAUCCCCUUACUUAAUUAGGUCCUGAUAUGCCGUGUCGUUUAAACAGAAAUUAAGUUUGCAAGCGCUUUUUGACUAUCGUAGAUUACUAGAAUCAAGCGGGGCUAAAAAGCAAAAACGUGGGCAACUCGUUCUUCCCCUUCUAACGCAUUCCCUCCUAACCUACGAACCAACAUUCACCUUGGAUUGGAAAAGAAUCUGAACGUCUUUAUGUUUUUUUUAGCAGUGUUGACUUUCUUUACCAAACAUCAAAAUUGAACCUACUUUAAACCUUUUAGGAUGAUGGCAAUUUCAAAAGGCUGGACGGUCGUACAAUGGCCCGUGUGUGUCUUCUGGAAGGAACAGAAUACUUAACGAAUCAAUCAGUUAAUCAAUCAAUCAAGCAGUGAGCGACUCCAGGUGGACCGGGGUCUAAAUGAUUAAAGUCAGAAGAAUUACUGAAGACAAAAAGGAAGAUAGAAUGUGUACUCUUAGACGUGGCAGGAAGGAAAGACUUCCGUUGACAUCUUUGUUUAGGAUCGUUGGGGUCUUAGUGCAGAUUCAAAAUGUAGAACAGAAAGAAAGAGCUCUAGGAAACACGCCGAACCACAGUUAGGUAUUUGUCAACAUGGGCAGAGCCGGCAGUUUAGAUUGGUGUCCAGGCCUUUUCGCAAAUCAAAGGAUUACCGGGCAGAUGGUUGUGAGAGGAUGGACAGAUCAUACAAAUGAGAGAUGGAUGACUGGAUUAGAGGGAAGAGGGCUGGACUGAGCACUGAAGUGAAUCAUAUUCCAUGUUUAGCACAUUCCCUGAGUCACCAUUGCUCUGCUUGAAUAAGAGUUUUGGGAGUCAUAGAAGGAGAAAGGAUUUAAGUGGGUCAACAUUCCCAGAAUCGGAGGAUGAAACCCUCUUUAUUAGUCACAUACAUGCACACAGCAGAGCACACACAGUGAGAUUGGUCCUCUGCAUUUAACCCAUCCUACUACUAGGAGCAGUGGGCAGCUAUUGUGCAGCGCCCGGGGAGCAAUGGGGAGGGGGGAUUGGAGGUGUCAGCAGGGCCCAGGAGGUGAACUGGGACCUUUCCAAGUAGCAGCGACCCUACGAUUCCCACUCCAAGCCCCUACUGACUGAGCCACUGCGGGACAGGAGCUACUUAUAGAAGAGGGAGUAAUUAAAAUAGAAACGAGAGGUCUAAAUGGCAAUGAAGCUGCUGGGGAAACAAGGGUAUACUUUGUUCUGGGGGAAAGCAGCAGAAGUCAAAGCAUUCCUGUAUUGGAUUUAUUAGAUUCCAGUGGUUUAGUAUCUGGCCAAUCAUAACAUAAUAUUCAGGUUCAUUAAAGUUGAAGACUCUGUUACUGGGACCUUCAAUCCUGUUGGAUCGAUGCAAUUUUUCUAAAACAUUGAGUCUUGUUUUCUGCUUAGCAUUUUAGAAACUAGGGAAUCAAUUCUACUCGAGAUCCCCCACAGUUCCAAUUGGAUUUCUGGUUUUGGAAGACUGCUUUUUGUCCUGGUUGGGUGAAGAUGAGUUAGGUUUGUUCACAAUUAUCCGCUACAGUUAGGGUUAGGGUUAAGCUUAGCCCUCAGAUACUUUCGGCCAGUCUUGGCCCUCAAAACAAAACCAGUGUACUCCUGUGUGUCAUUCCUUAUGUGUCAAGCAUCCCUGGUGUAGGUCCCAGACACUUGUAUAAGCUUGAUUUGCUCUAACAC